AUGGGUAGCCCUCACGGUCCAGCUUCGACCCUUGAGCCAAGUUUCGAUUGCGUGAUCGUUUAUGUAAAGGACGUAGACAAGUCGGUGGAGUUUUACGAGAGGGCGUUCGGUCUGACUGAAAGAAGGGAAGAAGGUCGCCGGAAAACCAUGUGGGCGGAGAUGGAGACGGGGGAAACGACGCUGGCGUUCACAGCGAUCACGAACGCGCUGGGAUACGAGCAGCGCGACGUCCGGCUGGCGGGCGGCAUCGAGCCGCCACACGAUCAGAGCGACACGCCCCCGAAUGUCGUCAUCAGUCUGAUGUAUUCUGACGUGCACGCGGCGUACCGUCACGCGGUGGCCAACGGAGCGCUCGGGAUGGCGCCCCCGGAGAACAAGCCGUGGGGGAUGACGGCAGGGUACGUGAAGGAUAUUGACGGCAUCCUUGUGCAGCUCGCAAGCCCUGUCCGGGGUCGCACAUGA